GCGUCGCUGGCGGCGCGCACGGCUGGAGGCGGCGGCGCGCCUGGGAGAGGGACGCCGGCCCGGUCAGGCCUCGGCGCGGCCUACACGCUCCGUCGCUCGCUCCCACCCUCGCCCCGCGCCCCGUGCCCGGCCCGGCCAUGGCGGAGUCCUCGCCCGCCCGACGCCCGGUGCCCCUCAUCGAGUCCGAGCUGUACUUCCUCAUCGCCCGCUACCUGUCGGCCGGCCCGUGUCGGAGAGCCGCCCAGGUGCUGGUGCAGGAGCUGGAGCAGUACCAGUUGCUGCCGAAGAGGCUGGAUUGGGAGGGCAACGAGCACAACAGGAGCUACGAGGAAUUGGUCUUGUCCAAUAAGCAUGUGGCUCCUGAUCAUCUGUUGCAAAUCUGCCAGCGCAUCGGUCCCAUGUUGGAUAAAGAAAUUCCACCCAGUAUUUCAAGAGUCACUUCUUUACUUGGUGCAGGAAGGCAGUCUUUGCUACGUACAGCAAAAGACUGCAGGCACACAGUUUGGAAGGGCUCUGCCUUUGCUGCUCUUCAUAGAGGAAGACCUCCUGAAAUGCCAGUGAAUUACGGUUACCCACCAAGUCUUGUGGAGAUACAUCGAGGCAAACAACUCACAGGGUGUUCCACUUUUAGCACAGCAUUUCCAGGAACCAUGUACCAGCAUAUAAAAAUGCACAGAAGGAUUCUUGGACAUCUAUCUGCUGUUUACUGUGUAGCAUUUGAUAGGACAGGACAUAGAAUCUUUACAGGUUCAGAUGAUUGUUUGGUGAAGAUUUGGUCAACACAUAAUGGCCGCCUAUUAUCCACAUUAAGGGGUCAUUCUGCAGAAAUUUCAGAUAUGGCAGUAAACUAUGAGAAUACAAUGAUUGCUGCAGGGAGCUGUGAUAAAAUAAUUAGAGUGUGGUGCUUGAGAACUUGUGCCCCAGUUGCUGUGCUUCAGGGACACACAGGGUCAAUUACAUCUUUACAGUUUAGCCCAAUGGCCAAAGGCUCUCAAAGAUACAUGGUUUCUACUGGUGCUGACGGAACAGUUUGUUUUUGGCAGUGGGAUUUAGAAUCUUUGAAAUUUAGUGCACGUCCCUUGAAGUUUACUGAAAAGCCCAGACCAGGCGUUCAAAUGCUUUGUUCUUCUUUUAGUGUUGGUGGUAUGUUUUUAGCCACUGGUAGUACUGAUCAUGUAAUCAGAAUGUAUUUUUUGGGUUUUGAAGCACCUGAAAAAAUCGCAGAACUUGAAAGCCACACUGAUAAAGUUGAUAGUAUCCAAUUUUGUAACAAUGGUGAUCGGUUUUUAAGUGGUAGCAGAGAUGGAACAGCACGGAUUUGGAGAUUUGAGCAGUUAGAGUGGAGAAGCAUUUUAUUGGAUAUGGCUACUAGAAUCUCGGGGGACUUAACUUCCGAAGAGGAAAGGUUUAUGAAACCCAAAGUAACAAUGAUAGCUUGGAAUCAGAAUGAUAGCAUUGUUGUCACAGCUGUGAAUGAUCAUGUCCUCAAAGUGUGGAAUUCUUAUACUGGACAACUGCUUCAUAACUUGUUGGGACAUGCUGAUGAAGUGUUUGUUUUGGAGACACAUCCUUUUGAUUCCAGAAUUAUGUUAUCUGCAGGACACGAUGGCAGCAUAUUUAUAUGGGAUGUUACAAAAGGCACCAAGAUGAAACAUUAUUUUAAUAUGAUUGAAGGACAAGGGCAUGGAGCUGUGUUUGACUGUAAGUUUUCACAGGAUGGGCAGCAUUUUGCCUGUACAGACUCUCAUGGGCACCUUCUGAUAUUUGGUUUCGGAUGCAGCAAGCCAUACGAAAAGAUUCCUGAACAGAUGUUCUUCCAUACUGACUAUCGACCAUUGAUUAGAGAUUCUAAUAAUUAUGUCUUAGAUGAGCAAACUCAGCAGGCUCCGCACCUUAUGCCUCCACCAUUCUUGGUAGAUGUAGAUGGAAAUCCUCAUCCAACUAAGUAUCAGAGAUUAGUACCAGGCCGAGAAAAUUCUGCAGAUGAGCAUCUGGUUCCACAGCUCGGCUAUGUGGCAACAAGUGAUGGAGAGGUAAUCGAACAAAUUAUAAGCCUACAGACUAAUGAUGGUGAAGGAAGCCCAGAGCCCAGUGUUCUUGAUGGAAUGAUAAGACAGUUGCAACAGCAGCAAGAUGAGAGGAUGGGAGCUGGUCAGGAUAAUAUUCCAAAUGUACUUCCAAAUGGGGAAGAAACACCACGAAGAGGUUUUAGAAGACUAAGCUUAGACAUCCAGUCCCCUCCAAAUAUUGGUCUGCGUCGUAGUGGACAAGUUGAAGGUGUUCGCCAGAUGCAUCAGAAUGCUCCCCGUAGUCAGAUUGCUACAGAGCGGGACCUGCAGGCGUGGAAACGGAGAGUGGUUGUACCAGAGGUACCACUAGGCAUAUUUAGGAAGUUGGAAGACUUUAGAAUAGAGAAAGGUGAAGAGGAAAGAAAUCUUUAUGUAAUUGGAAGAAAAAAGAAGACUCUUCAGUUCUCACAAAAGUCAGAUUCGGUAGUUUUGAUGUCACCGUUUAGGCAGAGGACACGUAGAUGUAAAUAUCCAAAUUAUGGCAGAAGAAAUGUUGGACAGAUUGAGUUGUCUUCUGGAAAUGAGUCUUCAAGCUCUAUAAGACAUACUUCCUGUGAUCAAAGUGAAGCGUCUUGUUCUUCUGAAGAAGAAGAAUGGAAAAGUGAUAGAAGAAGUGAAAGUGAUAGUGAAAGUUCAAGUGACUCUUCAUCUCGAUAUUCUGAUUGGACAGCUGAUGCAGGCAUCAAUUUGCAGCCCCCUUUACGAACUUCAUCUCGUCGGCGUAUUACUCGGUUUUGUAGUAGUUCAGAGGAUGAAGUGUCUACUGAGAAUGUAUCUCCUCCAAAAAGGAGACGAAAGAGAAAGAAAGAAAAUAAGCCUAAAAAAGAGAAUUUGCGGAGAAUGUCUCCGGCAGAGCUCCCAAAUACGGAAGAUUUAUAUGAAUUUCAUCCUCCAGUUUGGAUAACUGACACCACACUUCGAAAAUCUCCAUUUGUUCCACAAAUGGGCGAUGAGGUUAUAUAUUUUCGACAGGGUCAUGAAGCUUAUAUUGAGGCUGUCAGAAGGAAUGACAUUUAUGAGCUGAACCCGAACAAGGAGCCAUGGAGAAAAAUGGAUCUUAGGGAUCAAGAGUUGGUCAAAAUAGUUGGAAUACGAUAUGAGGUUGGACCCCCUACACUCUGUUGCCUCAAACUAGCAUUUAUAGAUCCUGCAAAUGGAAAACUUAUGGACAAAUCUUUCUCUAUUAGAUAUCAUGAUAUGCCAGAUGUUAUUGACUUUCUUGUGUUGCGUCAAUUUUAUGAUGAAGCAAGACAGAGGAAUUGGCAAUCUUGUGACAGGUUCCGUUCUAUCAUUGAUGAUGCCUGGUGGUUUGGAACAGUGCUAAGUCAAGAGCCCUAUCAGCCACAAUACCCUGAUAGUCAUUUCCAGUGUUACAUUGUUAGGUGGGACAAUACUGAAAUUGAAAAGCUUAGCCCAUGGGAUAUGGAACCAAUUCCUGAUAAUGUUGAUCCACCUGAAGAAUUAGGAGCUAGUAUUUCUGUUACUUCAGAUGAGCUAGAGAAAUUGCUCUACAAACCACAAGAUGGUGAAUGGGGUCAAAAAUCGAGGGAUGAAGAAUGUGAACGAAUUAUUAGUGGCAUAGAUCAACUUAUGAAUCUCGAUAUAGCAGCAGCUUUUGCAGGUCCAGUUGAUCUGUGUACGUACCCGAAGUACUGUACUGUAGUGGCUUACCCAACUGAUCUUUACACUAUUCGAAUGAGACUUGUUAAUCGAUUUUACAGGAGGCUAUCUGCAUUGGUUUGGGAAGUCAGAUACAUAGAGCACAAUGCCAGAACAUUUAAUGAGCCUGAGAGUGUAAUUGCAAGAUCAGCUAAGAAGAUAACUGACCAGCUUCUAAAAUUUAUCAAGAAUCAAGACUGUACAGAUAUCUCAGAACUUUCUAACACUUCUGAAAAUGAUGAGCAAAAUGCCAAGGCUUUGGAUGAUAGUGAUCUCCCUAAAACAUCUUCUGGAAGAAGAAGAGGCCAUGAUUGGAAAAAAAGGAGCAGCAAAGCCACCAGCUAUGUUGAAAGCAACUGGAAGAAACAGUGUAAGGAACUAGUGAACUUAAUUUUUCAAUGUGAAGAUUCUGAACCAUUUAGACAACCUGUUGAUUUGGUUGAAUAUCCAGACUAUCGAGAUAUUAUAGAUACUCCAAUGGAUUUUGGAACAGUAAGGGAGACUUUAGAAGCGGAAAAUUAUGACAGCCCUUUGGAAUUUUGCAAAGACAUCCGGUUGAUAUUUAGCAAUGCAAAAGCAUAUACACCAAACAAAAGAUCAAAGAUUUACAGUAUGACCUUGAGGUUGUCUGCCUUAUUUGAAGAAAAAAUGAAGAAAAUCUCCUCUGAUUUUAAAAUUAGUCAAAAAUUCAAUGAAAAACUUCGAAGAAGCCAGAGAUUCAGGAGACAGCAAAAUUGUAACCGUUUCAAUCAGGCUAACAAAAGUACCAGAAAUACCAAGCAGAAGCGUUUAAAAUCUCAGAUAAGAGUAAUUCCUGAGUUGGUAGGUUCUCCUACUCAGUCUACCUCAAGCCAGGCAGCUUAUUCUGCAAGCCACAAGACACGUGCUAGUGUCUCUUCAGGUGUUUCUUCUGAGGACUCUUCAGAUUCAGCAGGAUCAUCAGAAAGAAUGAGAAGAAGUAGACCUGUCACUCUAACAAAUGGUUCUACAUUAUCUGAAAGUGAAAUGGAAGAUUCCUUAGGUCCCUCUUUAUCGUCCUCAGCUUCAGAGAGUUCAGAGGAGAGCAAAGGGAGUUCAAGAGCUCGUGAGCCCUCCUUGCGCCGUAGGCUGGCCAGAAGCGGCAAUCUCAGAGUGACCAGAACCCGGGCCGCGCAAAGAAGACCUGGUCCAGUUUCUUUAGAAAAUGGAUGUGGCAGAAAAGCCACUCGAAAGAGAGUCUAUUUAAGUGACUCCGAUAACAAUUCAUUAGAAACUGGUGAAAGUUUAAAAGCCCGAGCUGGAAAUAACCGCAAAGUGCUAAGAAAGUGUGCUGCUGUGGCUGCCAAUAAGAUAAAGCUAAUGAGUGAUAUAGAGGAGAAUUCUAGCUCUGAAAAUGUCUGUUCUGGCCGUAAGCUGCCUCACCGCAAUGCUUCUGCUGUGGCUAGAAAAAAGUUAUUAUAUAAUUCUGAAGAUGAGCAGAGCUUAAAGUCAGAAACCGAAGAAGAGGAGCUAAAAGAUCACAAUCAACCAUCGCCAGUGUCCAGUUCUCAUGUGGCCCAGAAUACUGUCAAUGAAUCUGAAAAUGGAGAUUCAGAGUCAGAAAGUGACCUGCAGGUAGUCCGGAAAAAUUGGCAUGCUAAUGGCUACAAGUCCCAUACUGCAGCAACUUCUAAAACAAAACUUCUUAAAAUAGAGUCUUCUGAGGAAAGUCAUGGUUCAGAUUAUGGACAUAACAGAACUAAUGGCCCAUCAACGUCUGGGCAGAAACUCAAGGCAGGAAGUGUCUCAGGGGAAGAGGAGGAAGCAGAUUCUGAACCAAGAAAAUACCCUGGUAGGAAAUACAGCACAACUCGCAAGAAUGCCACUUCCCUUAAAAAAGCAAAGGUCUUUACUGAUUCAGAGGACUCUGAAUCUGAGGAAGAUAGAGGAGAUGGUAGAUGUCACAAAAUGGAAACAAACCUGCUGUCAGGAAAGUUGAAGAGUGAACCUAUGGCUGCAUCCCACUGUUUCUCAGAUCAUGUGUCUGAAACUGAUGUGGAUUCGGAUGAUGACAAAACAAAAGAAAAACCAAACGAUUUUGUGAAAGAUUCUACAUCAUGGGACCAUGGACAAAGCAGAAAAGUUUCCAGGAAAAGGGUCUGUUCCAGUGAUUCAGACAGCAGUUUGAAAGUGGUUAAGAAAUCCUCCAAAGCCAAAACAGGUCUCCAAAGGAUUCCUCGAAGAUGUGCAGCCACCGCUGCCAGUAAGAUUAAGCUCAUGAGUGACAUGGAAGAUGCUAGUUUAGAAAACGUGUGCACUAGAGGUAAGAGGAGAAGGAAGAAGCCCCUCCGUUUUGCGUGUACCACAGCCGCGAAGAUAGGGAGUGAUUCUGAGGGAGACGCAAACGGUGAAGUGCCAGACGAACAGGGUGCGUGUGAAGGGGAGGCGCCUGAGGCUGACUCAGAAGGUAGCGCAGAAAGCGUUCCUCAGCCUCUCAGUGGAGACUCUGACUCUGAAGGUAUGCCAAAGUCAGAAUAUAGGGACGGGCCUGCCAGGCAUACCGGUAGCCACAAAACAAAUGCUGCACCUUCUAGAACAAAGAGGCCGUCUUUUGGGUCUUCAGAGGAAGAUUCAAAAAGCCAUAUUCCAAGGGGUGAGAUUGGUAGAAAAUUUCCUUCCGAGUCAACUUUGGAGCAAAAAACUACUACAGAGACUAACUUUGAAGAGGAACUGAAUUACGGGCUGCGCAGGUGGAAUGGCAGAAGACUCAGGACCUAUGGGAAGGCUCCUUUCAGUAAGACAGGAGCGACUCAGGACUCCCAGGAAGCAGCUAAGACGGAAACAAGAAGGAAGAGACUGCAUCCUAAAUUGGGAAAUGUGAAAAAUUCAGAAACAACAGGGAAUUCAGAGUGUGGACCGGACACUAGUCCCAAAUCUGACUCAGAGUUGGGAUCUGUAACUGAAUCAGAGGUUGACUGUGCUGAUGAGACAAAAACCAAAAAGAGGAAAACAAAAGGAAAAGCAAAAGUAAAUGUUAGAAAAGAAUUUGUUCCUAGAGACAGAGAUCCCAAUACAAAAAUGAGAACAUGUUUGCAUAAUCAGAAGGAUGCAGUGCAAAUGCCCAGUGACACUCUGAGAGCAAAAAUGGUGCCUGGGAGAGUUCCCCGCAGAUGUGCUGCUGUUGCUGCCAAUAAAAUAAAGAUAAUGAGUAAUCUAAAGGAAACGAUUUCAGGACCAGAAAGUGUCUGGAUUAGGAAGAGUAGCAGAAAACUGCCCCAUCGAAAUGCUUCUGCUGCGGCUAAGAAAAAAUUACUGAAUGUGUAUAAAGAGGAUGAUACAAGUAUAAAUUCAGAGAGUGAAAAAGAGCUAGAAGAUACUAAUAGCAAAAUGCUUUUGUUUUAGUCAGAUCAGAUCCUGGAAAGAAAAAGUAGUGACUAUGAAAAUGUGUGUGUGGAAUUGAAACGGGCCAUGAGGAAACUGGCAGUUGCAUUCUGCUCCUAGCUCUAAAGUUAACCCCUUGUUGGCACGUUCCGAGGAAUUUUCUGAAAACCAUAAUCCAGAGAGUCACAGUGGGUCCCAGGAAGGCUUCCUCUCAGUGAGUUUUUGUACAGACACUACAAAGAAUUCUGCAGAGGAAAUAGCUCUGUGUGUGAAGCUGAUGGUUGGAGAGGCAGACAGAAAAGACUAAGGACCGCUCAUAAAAUUAUCCCUUUUCAGAAGGAAGGGUCUUGGAGAAAUUUCUUGAUUCCUAAGAGGAAGAAAAUACAGUUGUCCCUCCAUAUCCCAGGGGGUGGGGUUGGUUCCAGGACUUCCCAAAAUCCACAGAUGCUCAAGUCCCUUCUAUAAAAUGGUGUGGUAUUUAUAUAACGGACACACAUUCUCCCAUAUACUUUAAAUCCUCUCUACUUAUACCUAGUCCAAUGUAGAUGCUAUGCAAAUAGUUGUUAUACUGUACUAUUUAGGACUAAUAACAGGGAAGUCUACAAAGCAACGGUGGUUGGCCUAACUACAUAGUACAGAUCAGCAACAAUGUGGCUUUUCCCCUAGUAGCAUAUUCUUGAGUUGUGGUUGGUUAAAGCCCCAGAUGCAGAACCCUUGGAUAUGGAGGGUCAACUAUAAUGGGAAGUGUAUAGGGUCUACAGCAAAAACCUAAAGGAAUAAAAAAAUUCAAAAUCCCGGCCUGCUAAUUUUAAGGGUUUUGCAUUAGAGUAUAAAAACUCAGACUCACCACGACCAUGAUGUCAUUAUUAAAAUACAAAUUAGGCACAUUUCACGAAGUGCCAUUGAGCAUAUUUGACUUUUGAAUGAAGCAAAUAUGUACUCCAGCAAGAUGCAGUCCCUCCAAUUCACAACCCCAAAGCCAACGAGGACUUGAGGAUUUGGUAAUCCCGGGGUUUUAAUAAUCCGAGUUCUGAAGUAGUGUUGGAAAUAGAGGGAAUCCAUUAAUGUUUUAUUUUGUUUAUAAUAUUGGAAUUCAUAUUGAAUGAUGACCACUUGAUAUGACUGAUUCAGGGAAUAUAUAUUUUUCUAUGAAACCCAUGAAUGUGACUCACAACUUCUUUUCCUCAUUUUUACUUUCAGGUAGCAGCAUUUACACAGAUGCCAAAAUGUGCCUCAUUAUGAGGCAGGUCUCAGUUUUAAUAAGUUAGAAAACACAAAAUACAGAUCAAGAUCAAAAGAGUCAUAUUUUUAGAUGAUAGAGUAACAUCCUCUUAUAUUUCUCUAUAGCACCUUAAGUGUUAGAACUUUACGAACACAGAGCACAUUUAUUACAGUCUCAUCACAACAAACUUUAAUGGCAGUGUGUCUGGGUUAUUUCAUUGUGGCUUUAAACAGGAUUAGAAAUCUGGUUUUGAUAUUAUAAAGAAUUUCUUUGGCUUGAAGUAUAAUUUGUUAAUAGGUAUUUACUGAAAUGAAAAUCACCAGAUUAAAUGAAUGCACUGUCAAAUCUUUAACAUAGCACAUGCUAUUGGAAAACUGAAUUAUUGGUGUUUCCCAUUGAAAAAUAUCUGUGAAUAUUAAUAUGAUUUGCAUGUGUAAAUCUGAAAAAGUAAAAUAUGGAAACCUAAGGGUUUCUAUUCCUUUUUCUUUAAAAGAUUAAUGUAAUGCUUUUUUUGUUUUGUUUUGUUACACAGAUUGGCCAAGUGUCUUAGAUUUCUUGAGAAAUUUGUGGUUGCAUGUCUACUUAAAAAAAGGCUUUUUUUGUUGUUUUCUUUUUCUUAGCAUAAGCCAGAAUAUUUCUACCCUACAGUUCGUGUCCUUUGUUCUGUUUAUAGCAUACUUUCAUCUGAAAUACUGAUACCAGUGUCUUGUUACUAGUGCAGGUGAGGAAGGGGAGAAUUCCAAAUAAAUAAAACUUUUAGGUGCAUGGGCUUUGCUUUUUGAUAUCUAAUGAAAUUAAACCUAUUUCCAGUCCCAUAUUUACACUUAAUUUCAUAGAAAUUUUUUAUUGGGUAUAUAAUUAAUAAAUACCACAAAAUGAAAAUAGUUGUCUCAGUUAAGAUUACUUUAUGUAAAAGGUGUUGACCAUUUCAGUGUAAUGAAAGGAUUUCAAUUUUGAAUUUAUAAUUUAUUGUGGUUGGGUUAAUUUCUGUCAGUACCCUUCUCUGAUUUAGUAUUUAAUUUGAACAUAUAUUUGCCUUUUUUUAAGUGCUCAGCCUAAACUUAUUGUAACUGCAUGAAAUAAGCUUUUGUUUGAAUCUUAACAUUCUUGUAAAAUGCUCUCUAAAAGGUAUGCAAAAUUUUAAUCACGGGCAAAUGUAUUAUCAUUACCCUAUUUAUAAUUUCAAUCAGCUUUUAGAAAUGAUUUCUUUAUAAUUACGAAAUCAAAUUGAAGAUCUUAAUAGUAAAAUUGACAUUAUUUUAUUUAACAAAGGGGCUAGGACAAAGUGAUACCAAAACCUUUUAUUUUGUAAUUCAGUCAUUCUAUAAAGCCAAUUAACCCAGGAGUCUUAAUGCAGUUUUAAAACAUCACAUUGGUAAUCUUGUCUAUUCUAGCUCACUGAAGUUUCCUAAGCUCUUGCAGGAUAGGAAUUGGGUCUUACUGUUUACACUUGUGUUCAAAUUUUGCUUUGAAGUCCAGCCUUAUAUUUUGCAGUAAUGUGUAAAACUGCUAAAUAUUGGUUUUAUGUAAAUGCUUUUGUUGAUCAGUGUCUCCACAUCCUAAAAGCAAGAUGUUUCUAGGAACUUUCUGAGGUUUUUUUGAUUGUCUCAGGAGGCUCCCCCGACCCCAAAUUAGUACUUAGUUCGGGAUUAUUUAUGGAUAACAUUCCAAAAUGUAAGCAGUGCCAUGUAGUUUCAGCCCAACUGAAUCUAGGUAAAUGUGUUUUUAAAAUGUUUCCAUUGCAAUUCCGGAUAUUUUCGCUGUUGUUUUAACUAUGGUACAGUUGUCCUUUUUCCUCCUGCUUGGAAUAGUGCUCUGUGAACUGUCUGCCAGCAAAUUUGAAAGAGAACCAAUUAAAACACUUUGCUUGUAAGUGAAAGGCUGUUGAAAGCGGAAGCAAAUUUUGUAUUAGAAAUGGCCACGUUUUUAAAAAGCAGCUCAUAUUUUUGCAGUCUCAUAGUCUUUCACAUCAGCUUGACGACCACCAGCUUUUGAAAUGUGAAUUCCUCCUGCAGAGUAAAGGUCUCAUGUUUAUACCCUC